AUGUGGUGGUACUGGAGCAGUGCGCCUGAAGGUGGAGGAGCCCGCUGCUGUCCGCCAGGAGACGAAGGAGCCGCUGUCAUCCGCCAGGGAGUGGAGGAGCUGCUUCCAGUUGCUAGAGGGCGGAGGAGCCAUUACUGUCCACCAGGGGGCAGGGGAGCUCGCCGCCAUCCGCUGGGAGGUGGAGCAGCCGCUGAUGUCUGCCGGGAGGUGGAGGAGCUAGCUGCCAUCCACCAGGAGGCUGACUUUGUUCUCUGCGUGAAAGACCAGCUAAAACAAUCUUUAUGUGCUGAUCCAGACUGGAUUUGCUGGUUUGAUGCUGGUCUAGCUGGUGGACCAGCAAUCGCCAUGCUGUUAAAGCUGGCCGUUCAAGUCAUCGAGAACCGGAUGCUCCGGGAAGGAUUGCAGAGAUUUGGCACCAUUCCCAUGUACCUUCCGGUCCAAUAUCAGGUGUUGAACGCAGAGUCAGCCUUCUUCCUUAAGGAGGCCAACCAGGACAUUAUGAGAAACUCCAGCCUGCAGGCUCGCACAGAAAUUUUCUUCAUCCAACAGGCUAGAAAGACACCUUCAGUAAAUGCCAGUUAUGGACCUCUAUCUGUGGACCAGCCAGUGCCCGUGGAUCUUCUGAGCCCGGGACUCUUCAACAACAACCCUACAUCUACAUCCUCAUCAUCAUCAUCCUCGUCCUCUCCCCUCUUUACUUUAAACUGGAAAGUACAGACUUUCAUUAUCAGCGAGCGAAUUCACCCCAGUUGGCCAAAAGUACAGGUUCUAUUCUAUGUAGUGGGUAGGGACUGGGAUGACUACAGUGCCGUGGACAGGUUGCCCUGUGUCAAGAUGUUUGCUUUUCAUGAAACCCAAGAAGUACGAGGCAGCUGCCGUCUAAAAGGGGAACUCGGGCUGUGUGUGGCUGAACUGGAGCCACUGCCUGGUUGGUUCAGUCCUCCUAGCAUCAUACCAGGUCGACAGAAACUACCGGAACAGGUCGAGGGCACCCCUGUAGAGCUGUAUUACAUGGUACAAUCUACAGACACUGGGGAAUGCAGCUCAGAGGACUCGCGCAAGACCAAUUCAAUACGCAAUGGGCAACUGGGCCCGGCCGGGUACUUCUCCGGGCCCACACCCAUGCGCAGGAUCGGCAGCGUGCGGCUAUUCCAGCCCCUCUCGGAGUUGCGUCUGGACAGUAACUUUGUGGUGAUGGUGCCCUCGAGACCCAUCAGGCAGAGGGAGAUGGUGUCAGCCUUCCUUGCUGUCUCCACCCUUUCAUCUGUAGAGAUAUUCACUCUAAGGGUCAAGUUGAAGGAUGGUGUGGCGUUUCUGGGGGCGAGGGCCAGCAAUCCAGUGCAGUGGACAAUCAGUCAGGAUGUCCGGAGUGAGGGACACAGAGUGGUCACCCUGCACUGCCACAGAAAGGAAGCCAACUUUGGAAAAAGGGUGGAGGCAGGCUUCCAGAAGGUUCUCCAGGUAGAUUUGGAGGUGAACGGGCUGUUGGACCCUCUGGGCAGUCGCUCAGUGACUUGGCAGAUCGAGUACCCCAUCUCCCGAACCCUCUCAGAGGAGAUCCAGACCCUCUUCCGCCUGGCACCACAUGACCUCGGGGGUAUUGUGCCAUUGGCUAUGGAGACAGAGAUCCUUAACACUGCAGUUCUCACUGGGAAGACUGUUGCCAUGCCAGUGAAGGUGGUCACCGUAGGAACAGAAGGUACUGUGACCGAUUUGACCGAGUCGGUGGAAUGCCGCUCUACUGAUGAGGACGUGGUUAAGGUGUCAGAGAGGUGUGAUUACGUGUACGUUAACGGUAAGGAGACACGUGGGAGAGUAAGGAUGAUGGUGAACUUCACCUACAGUUACCUGAGCGCUCAGCUGGAAUUGAGCGUCUGGAUGCCCAGACUCCCCCUGCAGAUCGAAAUGUCCGAUCCAGAACUCAGCCAGAUCAGGGGCUGGAGAGUUCCCGCUGAUGCUGCCAACCAGAGGUUGGGGACUGGAGAGGACGAUGAGGAUGAAGGAGCCAGGAAAGAUCGGGGCUGUGUUCCACAGUACCAGAGCACCACCGUCCGUGUCCUCACACACUUUGAGGCAGAGCCAGAGGAAUGGCAGGGCCAACCAGACUUCCUCCUGGGAAGUGACUGGCAGGUGGAUGUGACGGAGCUGGUGAGGGAUUCAUUAAGGGUGGGGAAUGAACAGGUGGCCAGGCUCUCUAAGGAACAGGUCCUGAUCGGUCUGAGCACUGGCACCACCAAUGUCCAGGUGAUGUCCCCACUGUCAGACUCGGUUCUGGCUGAGAGGAUGAUCCAGGUUCUAGAUGAUAAAGUUAGUAUUACAGAGCUGGGGGUGCAGCUGGUCUCUGGCCUUUCCCUGAACCUCCAACUCAGCCCAGGAAGCAACAGGGCCAUCGUCGCCACGGCUACCACACAAGAGACCAUGCACAACACUAAUCAGGAGUCCCUUGUCAGUGCGUGGCUGCAGUUCAGCGAUGGCUCCAUGACACCUCUUGACCUCUAUAACCCUGCACAUUUUGUCCUAACAGCCACCUCACUGGACGAUCAGGUGGUGUCAGUGAAGAAAGAUGCCACCUGGAUGUGGCCAGUGGUAGUGGCCAAGGGUGAAGGUCAAGGCAUGUUGGUCCGCGUGGAGAUGUUUGGCCUUGAGUCCUGCCUAAAAACCAAGCGGCUCACAGUUCUAGCUGCAGGCAACGCAAACGUCCAUGUAAAGUUUGGCCGUGGUGAGGAAACAGGAAACAGUGCGAGCGACAGGAGAUACAGGCCCAAUGCACCAUAUUAUGGAGGCUCUAUAUCAGACAUGGAAGCUGGAAUAAUCAACAGAGGAGCGACCACCAUCAAGACUGCAAUUCCAGGGAAACCCAGUGGUGACAGGCUCUCAGUGGGUGAUAUUCCAGUUGAUUUCUCAGAGUUCCCAGCUCAAGCAGACCUUCCCCCUGGACGCAAUACAGAAGAGGACCACCUGCAGACUCGCCGUGGCCUCACCGACUUAGAGAUAGGCAUGUACGCCUUGCUAGGCGUCUUCUGCUUGGCUAUCUUGGUAUUUCUAAUCAAUUGCGUCUCUUAUGCCUUUAAAUACAGCAACAAACAGCUCCCAUUGGAGGGCCAGGAGACCAUGGCUCACGCCCAUGACUGGGUAUGGUUAGGCCAUGAUGCAGAGCUGUUAGAAAGCCAAGCAGGGUUGUGUCUGGACCAGGAGGAGCUUGGCGGCACCAUGGACUCUGGGCUGGGCCUGGAGGAAGGUAGCCAACUCCUGAAUGGCCUUUCAACUCAGAAGAGUGUACAAGGGCAGGUCCAUAGGUCUGCCUCUGACUCUGGGUGCGCUGGGAGGGAUCACAGGAGUGAGUCCUUAAAUUCGCCCACCACCAAAAGGAAACGGGUGAAGUUUACCACUUUUAGCCACAGCAAGCCCAGCAAUGGCUGCCCAUCCAUAAGCCCACUUCUCAUUGGUCAAAAUGACAUCAAAUGGGUUUGUCCAGACAUUGAGCUUGGGGACUCCAAUGAGCUCCGAAAUUACAUGGAAAGGUUAAAUGAAAAUGCUACUAAGAACACAGCAUAGUCAAAGGUUGUAGAUAUUAUGUAUUCUUCGGACGAAGCGUAGCUCACCCAUUUGCCUUCCGGGUAAGGUGGUGGUUGGGCUGACUCUACUGCACUCAGUCAGACUUCACCACGAAAAGACAAGCCAUUCAUCUGGUCUUGUUUCCAUGGCAACUGUCAUGAAGGUUCAUCAUCAGGAAAGAAGGAAAACAGAGAUGGCUGUGAAACCGUUAAGGAUGUUAAAAAAAUGAGAACAUUGGAAUAUUAGAAAUUAGAGAUGUCUGUAUUUUCUUUUUUGAAGAAGGAGAGGAUAUUCCAUUUCUAUAUUUUAACAAAGUUGGUUUUGUUUUAAGUUGGCACACUAAAAUGUGGGUUAAUAGAGUUCACUUGGUGGUGGUGGUCAUUUUUUGUGAGUGAAGAGUUGACUUUUAAACAUAUCAGUUGAGAACUGAAGCAUUUCCAAUUUGAACGUUGACUGAUGUGAGAACACAUUUUGUAAGGUUUUACAUGUUUUUAUACAUCCCUGUUCCCAUCUGUGUUUGUGUGUCCACUGUUAUUUCUCCAAAGACUAACUCCCAUAAGUAAAUGCAUGUGAAAGCAAACAAUGGAGAACAAAUAUUUUGGAACUUUUUCCACCAAAAGUGUGAAUGAACAUGUAUAUAUGGCAGAGGACUUCUGGGAAACAGGCAGACAAAUUACCCUCCACAUCUCCUUGAGAGCUGUUGAUCAAAUUGUAUUGUUGUAGGUAGUCUUAUCAAUAUUGUAUAUGUUGUUUACAGUAUUAAAAUGAUAUAUAGAAUUAGUAUGCACUCCACUUGCUUAUGUAUGUGUGCUAUAGCUGUGCAUUGCCUCUUUGUCUUUUUUGUUUUCCGUUUAGUUUUCUUUUCCUUGCUUUUUUUUCCAUUCUGCUAGCAGCAAACAUAAAGAUAAUCACAGCUCUUCUUAGAACAAGUAACAACUAAUCUACUCAAAUGAAUGUCCCCAUGAUUAACCUGAUGAUUAGGGUGAAGUUAAUUGGAUCAGAUUAGUUUGGAGUGUAAUCCUCAGGUAAUGUGAUCAAUGCAGCAGAUGUCGUACAUAUCCUGGUAGGACAACCAUAGAACAGUUUUUAUGUGAAUAAAUUGAUUAUUCUGACACUCUCAAUCUGUAUUAGUGUUCAUCACUGUGUCUAACAGUUAUAAAGAAUGUAAUCAAUAGUCA